UUCAUAUGUAAUCAACUUCUAGGUCAUCGUGAUUUACAACUAGGUUUCCUGAUCGAAGAUACUAAUUGUUGCCAAGACUAUGAGUAUGAUGAGCUCGAGUAUUGCUUACAAUCAAUAUGAUUGUGGAACACAAGCUCAAAGUACUGAAGUCGUUAGUAGUCAAUUUCAAGGAUUCAAUCCUGUCAAUGAGUGCCGAGACACAAGUUAUGUUUUAAACUCAUGUAAUUCAUCAUAUACUAUAAAAACUAGCUUAUCAGAUCCUAAAGAGCUUCAAAAAAUUUGUUGUAACAUGUUUACUACUCCUAAAUUCUGUGAGUGGUUAAAACAUGAAUGGUUAUAUUCAAGCAUAGACAAAGAAAUAUUUUUAAGGGUCAAUGACUUCCAGCUGAUAUUACGAGAACAUUUUCCUACUUUAAAAUCACGAAAAUUAACUCGAGCUCAUUGGUCAACUAUUCGACGUAUCAUAGGAAGACCACGUCGUUUUAGUGCAACAUUCCUCGCUGAAGAACGACAUUCUGUACAAGUAAAACGUAGAAAUAUACAAUAUAUUCAACAUAUUAUUUUAACAAGUUCUCUUGGUCCAAUGGCAUCUGAACAUUUAGAUAAUCUUCUAUUAUGCUUACCACCAACAAUUCGAAUUCCUCUUAGAUUACCAGUUGGUAUUAGAGUAUGUGUUUGCCUUCAUACUCCUAUGCAAGGUUUAUAUCUUGGUUUAAUACAAAAUUCAUGUCCUGGUGAAGGAAAUUACACUGUUUGGAUUGAUGAAUUAAUUAUUUCAAAUGAUUACAUGGAAAUGAAAUCAUCUAAUCAUUAUGGUUGUCAAAUUGUACCAGAAGAAGAUGUUUUCCCUUUACCAAAUCAAUCAUUACCGCCAUGUUUAAGUCUUUUAGAAAUUCGUAAUUGUUUUAAAGAAAAUAUACUUGGUAGUAAUGAUGUGACAGUGUACUCAUCAUCGGAAUUCAAUACUACUAAUUCUAUAAAUAUCAAUAAUAAAAUGCUGCUUGAAUCAUCUAAUCAUCAUCAUCAUCAUCAUCAUCAUGAUUUACAUGGUAUUGUUCAAUCAUUAUCAUCACCUACUACUACUACUACUGCUGUUGCUGCUGUUGCUGCUGCGGCUACUAGUGGACCUUUAUUAAGUGAAAAUAUGUAUGAUGAUGAUAAUCAUGAUGAUCGUGAUGAUACAGAUUUGCCUUUACAACAAAUGAAUAAUUCACAAGUAUCAUCUGCUGAUGAUCUUUUAAUUCAACCGGUGAAAUUUAAUAUUAGUAAUCAUCAUCAACAUCAACAUCCUCAUCAUCCUGAUCAUCCUGCUGCUGUUCCUGUUCCUGUACCUGCUCAUGUUCAUGUUUCUCCUCUUCUACCGCCGCCGUCUUUUAUUACAUCACCAUGUUCAGAGCAACCAUGUUCACAGAUUAUGUCCACUGAUUAUGAAGCUUAUAAUAAAUUUCUUAUUGAUAUUAUUAAACUUUGCAAAAUUUUGGAAAGAAAAUAUUCAUCUAUUGAAACAUUGAAACAAUUGAAUGAUACCGCUGAAUUAGAACUUUCAGUUAAUCAAAAUAAUAUUACAAUACAAUUUCAACAUACUUAUGCAAUACUUAUAUUGAAUAUUGAUAAAAUUAAUCAAGAAUUAAAACAUUAUAUGAAUCAAGUACUUUCUUAUGUGUCAACGAUGGCAAAAGAACAAAAUAUGAUGGAAUUAAAUUCCAUUAUCGAUUGGAGACGUCGUUGUGAUGAUGAAGCACAAGAAAUAGUCAAUCGAAUGAAAGAUUUACAAAUUUAUAAAUUAAUUGAUGAAACUAAAUUGGAUCUUGUUACAAAACUGAUUUCUAUUCUCUUAUAUUUAAGUAAUUUAUCUGAUCAUCGAUAUAUGAAUCAAAUUCCAGCAUGUCUUGAUAGUAUUUUCAAUGAAAUUAAACAUGAUAUUCAUCCAAGUAAUAUCAAAUGUUUUGAAACAACAGUGGAAAGUGUAAUUGGACAAAUUUUGAAUCCAGUCGCUAAUAGUGCCGCUUAUAAUAAUAAUAAUAAUACACGAAUGUAUUAUAAAUAUCAUCAUCCAAUGAUGUAUAACACACAAUGUCAACAAGACAAUCUAAUUUAA